UUGCUCCAUUUAAUCAAGCGACAGUGGAGCUGUCUGAGGAAAAAAGAGUGUCUGGAUCAAAGGUAAUCCCAAUGCUCAAAAUGUUGCACCUCUCACUGCAACGCAAUGCAUUAAAUGUAACCACGGAAACCGCAAUUAAUCUUGUGGAAAACCUAAAAAGAAGACUGCUAGAAACUCUGUGCAACCUGGAGUCAUUGAGUGUAAUGACAAUGCCAACACUGCUGGACCCUCGGUUCAAGACCAUGGCAUUCUUAAGUGCGUCAAAAGCCAAUGAUGCAGUGAAAAGACUAAAAUCAGAGUGUGCAGCAGUAAUGAGAAACGCUAUACCAACACAAAUGGAAGAUGCCCAAGCUGGACCUUCAACUCAACCAUCUGAUUCCAAUCCAGAUGACAACCUGUGGCACCAGCUGGACAUAGAAGUCAAGGAGAGCAAGGCCAAUUCAAAUGUCACCACCGAUGCCAUUAUCGAGGUACAAAGAUACAUCUCCGAAGAGAACACACCAAGAUCACAGGAUCCACUACAAUACUGGAAAUCGCAAAGACUAAAUUAUCCUACGUUGUACAAACUUGCAAUGACAUUUUUAUGUACGCCGUCAUCAUCAGUGCCCUGUGAAAGGGUGUUCUCAAAAGCAGGACAAAUGGUUUGUAAGCGGCGCAAUCGCCUUGGCCCAAAGAUGUUAACGCAGCUGAUGUUUCUAAAUAAAAAUGUGUGAAAGAACCUUGUUCAGUCUGUUUCCAGUCUUUAUUGAAGUUGCCUGCAAUUACUUUUUAAAUCCAGCAGAUGUCGCCAU